AUGAAUGAAAAAGAUUUUGAUCAUCAAAUUGAGUUAGCAACUUCUUUCUUUGAGAAUCCAGUAGUUCUUCACUGUGAAAAGGAAAGUUAUUUUCAAUAUAAUUAUGAAUUAACUCAUUCCACAGCACUUGAUGAUGUAAAAUCUGCAAAAAACAAUGAAAAUCAUCCAAUAUUCGACCCGUGUGAUAUAAACCCAGCAAACUAUUUCUUACGAGGAAAUGAAAUUACUGUCAACAGACCUCAACUCGAAUUAUUAACGACAGACGUUAUCAAAAGUCAUAUAGGUCUAUUGAAACCCUACGAUUCCCAAAAUGGUACUCGAAGGUGGAUGAUGUCCGGCAAUCAACUUAUCGCAAUGAUAAGUUUUGAUGGAAAAGAAUUUUAUGUAUACAAUCCAUUGACAGUUAAUUCAAAAUCUCGAUACUUUCUCAUCAAGGAAAACGAUAAUACUGUUAAGUUUACUAUCAAAUCUCUUCUUAACAAAAUUAACGGCGCAAUGAUGCUUUUUUCGGAUAUUUACACAGAUGAAAAGUGCAAAACAUUCGAAUGGUUCUUCAAGUCGAUUGUUGUAACUGGCGGUUAUCCACCAGUCCUCAAAAAUACUUUUGGAUUUUAUUCAUCUCUCUUCCAACAUCCCCAAUUUCUGUUUUUAUUUGCUAUAACCAUUCCCGCCCAGUCCAUUAAAAUCGAUAUUAUUGAAGCUUGGUACAGUUUCUCUCAUGAUUCUUUUCCAACUUUAUUACCUUCGUUAAUCAUUACAUUUUUAUCAAAUAACAACCCUACGCCGUCUAACUUACUUACGAAAUCCCUAAUUGGCCAUGUAAUUCAGUACGUUAUUUCUAAAGAUUUGAAUGAAUUUUUGCCAAUCAAGAGCGCAAAGGCUAAUCUUGCUGACCGUAUGACAAAAUAUAUACGUAGAGAAUGGAGUGCUCAGUCCCGAUUCAUUUUCUACAUUUUACUCCAUAUUUACAAAAAAUCUAAUUCAGAAAAAUACCAAGCAGAGGCCAUUUCCCAGUUAUUCUUUGGUAAGUCACCAGACUCAUCCAUCCAGAUGCUUAUUGUGCGCUUCGUGACCAUAUAUUCCGUAUUUCCUGUUGAUUAUCAAUUAUCUAUUGGUUGUGAACCGACAUUACCACAAGCAUCAACGGUAAUAACUGCUGUAUUCCAGUUCAAAGACGAGAUGCUCAAGUCGGCAGAGUCAAUGGACUUCAAGAAAGUCGUAGAAAACAUUGAAAAAAUUUACGAAUCGUCUGAUUACGUAAUUUUAACGGAAUUUGCUGAAGAAACAGACACAAGUGUAGCCAAUAGAAGGAAAUCAGUCAUUAUACAGCCAGAAAUGCUGGAAUCCGUUCAACCGAGAGCUGAAUUUGCUCCUUCCUACAGAUCUCAGAAUCCUUCCAAUCGUCCGAGGUCUGUCUCCCUUAGAGAUUCAUCGGAAGCACCAAGAUAUACAUCACAGCACUCCCCGCAACGAAAAAGAACCAAUUAUUUUGUUUCUUCUGCAACAGAUUUUUCUUAUGAUGAAGAAAAAAGUGACAAUUCAUCACCAAAAGACAGAUUACCCAAGCCACCUAAAGAAGCGAUCGAAGGACCCCUUAAAACACUUUCCGAUGACGAGGGAACGAAUUCUAGAGAUAAAAAUCAGAAUUUCACUGAUGAUAAGAGCUCAUCUAAGGUUUUGAAUAUAGAAACUGAUAAGAAUGGUAAGAAACAAAGUGGUACAUUAUCAGAAGAUGAAGAUUCCCAUGAAUACGUCCUUUCUUCUGAAGAUGAACCAAAAUUACAUUCUGAUCCUGUAGAAAACGUGAUGAAAAUCGAUCACGAGAUUAAGAUUGAAAUUAAACCACCAAGAGAAAGUGAAAAUAGCCAAAAUAAUUCGAAAUCAUCUGAUGAAAAUGAUGAAAUUAAAACAAUUAAGUCUGAUGAAUCAUAUGAAGAUACUAAAUCAAAUGAUGACAAAUCACAAGAUGAAAAAUCUAAAAAUGAAACAAAAUCUGAAGAAAAAAUUUCAUCUCAAAUUUCAAGUCAAGAAAAUGACUUAAAAACAGCUAAUAAAUCUCCUGAGAAGAGUCCUAAAUCAAGCAAAGACGAUGAAUCAUCCGAAAUUGAAUCUAUUGGUUCUCCAAUGAAAUUGAGAAAGAAAUUGACAAAAGCUGAUUAUUUGGCAUAUUCCUCGAGUUCAUCCGACUCAGAUGAACCAGUUUUGAAGAAAGAUGAUGAUUUUAGAAGUGAUGCUUCAAAUUUAACAACAAAAUCUAAAGUAUCAGUAGCAGAAACCCCUGAUCCUGUAUCACUGGAUACAAAUGAUGAUUCUCCUGCAAUGCAUACACUAAGUACUACUGAUGAAUAA